AUGGAUUUUACCUCAAGCGAAGCGGAUGAUCGCACAAGGCCUUUCGAUUUUGACGUAUCACACAGGGAUCUUAUUCAUCAGGUAGCGUUUGAUCAUCAUGGUCGACGUUUAGCAACAUGCUCCAGCGAUAUGACAUUAUCAGUGUGGGAUCGAGGAUCAGACGGAACAUGGACCAAAGCGGCAAGCUGGAAGGUGGGCAGAAUCCUACACUGUUCAAGUAGUAUACCUAUUAGCGUUUCAUGCAUGUAUAUUCAGAUAUAA